GGUAUCUUUAACCAAUUCCAGUGCAGCAAUGACAAAGUGCUACCUUCUGAUGCUCUUCGUAGUGCUCUUGCAAAGACCUUUCAAGAUGAGCAGCGUUUCCAGUUGGGCAUUAUGGAUGAUGCUGCAGAAUGCUUUGAGAACAUCUUAAUGAGGAUUCACUUUCACAUUGCAGAUGAAUCUAAAGAAGAUAUAUGCACUGCCCCACAUUGCAUUUCACAUCAGAAAUUUGCAAUGACCUUGUUUGAACAGUGUGUCUGUACCAGUUGUGGUGCUACUUCUGACCCAUUGCCCUUCAUCCAGAUGGUGCAUUAUAUCUCAACUACUUCCCUCUGCAAUCAGGCCAUUUGCAUGCUGGAAAGACGAGACAAACCCACUCCUGAUAUGUUUGGAGAGCUGCUACAAAAUGCCAGCACAAUGGGAGACAUGAGAAACUGCCCGAGCAACUGUGGAGAAAAAAUUCGGAUACGUCGUGUAUUGAUGAACUCUCCACAGAUCAUCACCAUAGGGCUGGUCUGGGACUCAGAUCACUCGGAUUUGGCAGAGGAUGUCAUUCAUAGCCUGGGCACUUGCCUUAAACUGGGUGAUCUGUUCUUCAGAGUAACUGACGACAGAGCAAAACAAUGUGAAUUGUAUUUGGUUGGAAUGAUCUGCUACUAUGGAAAACAUUACUCCACCUUUUUCUUUCAAACAAAGAUUCGUAUGUGGAUGUAUUUUGAUGAUGCCCAUGUUAAAGAGAUAGGCCCCAAAUGGAAAGAUGUUGUUACUAAGUGCAUUAAGGGUCAUUAUCAACCCUUGCUACUCCUUUAUGCAGACCCAAGAGGAACUCCAGUAUCAACCCAGAAUCUAUCCACACAGGAUUUACCACAGUAUAGAAGAACUUACUAUGAUAGUGAAGAUUCAGGACGUGAACCUUCUAUCUCAAGUGACACUAGGACAGACUCUUCUACAGAUAGCUAUCUGCAUAAACAUUCCCACCAUGAAUCUAUGGUCAGCCACUUUUCUUCUGAUUCUCAAGGAACUAUCAUUUAUAAUGUGGAAAAUGAUGUGGUUUCACAAAGCAGCAGGGACACAGGUCACCUGACUGAUAGUGAAUGUAAUCAGAGACAUACUUCCAAAAAGAGCUCUCUGGCAGACCGUAAAAGAAAUAACAACAGGUCUAGAAAGAAGGGGGAUGAAGCACAGCCAUCCGGAUAUCACAGUGAAGGGGAGACACUGAAGGAGAAACAGGCCCCCAGAACUGCCUCUAAAAUGUUGAGUGGUACCAGCAAACUAAGGGAAUUUAAAGAGACAGUUAGCAACAUGAUCCACAGCAGACCAUCACAGACAAGCCAGGGCUCCCCUCGUGGGAAGAAUCAGACUGAAAUCCAGUCACUACCUAGAACGUUGGCCAUUCAGUCUCGAGAUUGGGAAAUAGAGAGCAACAGUAGUGAAUCAAAGUCAAGUUCUUCUAGCAAGUACCGUCCAUCCUGGAGACCCAAAAGAGAGUCGCUAAAUAUAGAUAGCAUCUUCAAUAAAGAAAAGAGAAAACAAAGUGGCUACACCCAACUCAGCCCCUUCUCAGAAGAUGCAGCCAAAGAAUUUAUAGAAGAAGAGCUAAAGGAGCCAGCGUGUGAAACAAAACCAAACCGGUCCAACAGGUAUAAGCACUGGGCUUUAGGACGAGGUGCACAUCAUAUGAUGGAUCAGCAUCCUCGUCUGAUCCAAAGGAUGGAAUCUGGGUACGAAAGCAGUGAUCGCAAUAGCAACAGUCCAGUCAGUCUGGAUAUGCCUUUGUCAGAGAGCUCAAAUACCUCUAG